AUGGCAAUGACAGAGUACCAUUCCAAUGGUUUAUGUCCAAAGUCAGCAGCAGUUCAUGUCACAGAAAUAUCCGAUGAAUCGGUUAACCCAACACCAGUGUCUAAUCGUGGAUAUGUUGAUCUUGGUGAUGACUACCUAACUGAACAAAGACUUAGGGAAAUCACAAGGUCUGACGACCUGACAACGGUUUUCACCUUAGAUCUGCAAGUGGAUGCAGAUCGCAUGUCAGUAGGAGACUUUUGGUCAUAUUUACCUAAUCUCAAACAACUGAGGUUAUCUAACAGUAGCAUACAUACUAUUCGAGAUCUUGGAACGAGCCUCAACAACGUGGAAGUUGUUUGGAUGCCACGAUGUCAUCUGAUUAGUCUUGAUGGUCUAUCAAUUUUUACAAAGUUAGUUGAAUUAUACGUAGCAUUCAAUGGGAUUUCGGACCUCAGUCCGUGUGCAAUGUUGCAUAAUAUUGAAGUGAUGGAUCUUGAAGGUAACUUGAUUGAAGAAAAAUCAAAUUUAUCUCAUCUUCGUCUAUGUCGAAACCUAACAACACUUACUCUUGAAGGAAAUCCACUUGUUACCAAGUGUGGUGGGAAGAUAAGAUACAGAAAAGUUGUAAGGAAGACGUUGCCACAAAUAACUACUCUGGAUGAUAUCUGUAUACAGAAAAAUCCCUCUUCAAAUUUAGGAGAGUAUGACAUUACUAAGUUUGACAGUGAGUGGAGUUACAUAAAUACACUACUGAAAGAGGUUGGAUUACUGUCCGUAAGUAAGAAGGGUAUCAGGAGUGCAGACAAGUCGCAAGAUCCUCUUGGAAGUGAAGAAACAAUUGAAGCAGGUCGAUCAACAUUAGGGCUUCGGCCUACCUCAGCACUAAAACAACGGUACCAUGAAAAUACAUUAGGAUGUCGUGGAAGUAUCAGUAGUCAAACUACUACACAUAUGUCUGGAAGUUCAUCCGUUAUGAUGGAUGCCGAAGUUUUUUCAGACGAAGAAGGUCGUGUUUCUGAACUUACUACAGGUGGAAUAAUAUGUGGGGGUAUAAGCUCUGCAUUACGUAAUCGAAGAUCUACUCCAUCAAAAGCUAAAAGCCAUUUGUAUUGCGGUGAAAAUAAUUUAAUGAAAAUGAAAACAGAUAAUCUUAAUUUAAAUGAUACAGCAAAUGAAUCUUCUAUCCAAAAGGCUGACAACAUUACUACAGAUGCGGAAUGUGAUCUUAUUUUAAAAGAGGAAUCUUUAUUACGUGAAGAAUGUGAUAAUGUUUUAAAAGAACUCGCUGACUGGAGAAAAAUGUAUUCACAGUCUCAAGUAUUCAAAUCAUGUAAAAGAAUAAAGAAAACGUCAAAAAUUACCAAUUCUGAUUCGGAAUCUGAUACUAUUCUUCAAUUAGGUAACAGUAAUCAUACAAAAAACUAUGAAAUAAAUGAAAAACUGAAAUGUUAUGAAGAUAUACGAGUUAUUAACCCAGAUAUCAAGUCAGCAAGUUAUUUGAAAAGUAAAAGCGAUGAAAAACAAGAUAAAUGCACAAAGAAAUCUACGAAAGUCACUGAAAAUGUAAUAAUAAAUCGAAAUCUGAAGAAUAAUUUACAUCAUAGAACAAAUAACUCAACAGGUGAAAGUCAUGUGAAGAUUAGGCAAGCAAAUAAUUAUUCAGAUUCAGUUGAUGAUCGGUCCAUUGGUUCUGCAUCAACUUCUAAUACACUGAAGUAUUCAUCAAUCUCACGAAUUUCAAGAACAACUACGAAACUUACUAAAGCUUGUUCAGCAGUUAUUUCAUCAUCGUCAAACUGUUCCUCUAGAAAACAAACAACAGAUCACUCAGCUUCAGGCAUAGAAUGCAUCUUCGAUGAGGAAAUGAUGGUUAACAAGGAGAGUGGUACACAGGAUUCUCAAUAUUCAGAGUAUUCACUUCAAAAAAGCCAACAACAAAAACAACUAUUCAGAACCAAAAUAAUCAAAUCUUCUGAUGUAAAUUUGAACAAUAAAACGAAUAGAAAUGAAUCAGGAAAUAAACUGGUUAUGAAAUUAUCGAAAUCAUCAACUAGUGCUAUACAGGCAUUACCAUCAAAACCUUUAGUGAAACGUGAAGACUAAUUCUUUUUUGUCAAGAUAACUUCUAAUGUGUAUUUGUAUGUUUGCAUAUCAGUGUCUAGAUACAUUAUUGUGUUAACCUGUACUUUUCUCUUUUUUAUACGAAAGAUUAGUUGAUUUCGCUUUAUUUAUCACCGUGACCUCUGUGCUACUUUAAAAUGAACAAAGAAAGAUAUGAAAGCUUGUGAAAACUGAAGAAAGAACAGAACAUACAACAAAGGUAUACUUUAUUUUAUUAUUAUUCGACUACGAAACAUGCCCAUUGAUAUCGUCGAAAAAAGAAAAUUUUCUUCGCUGAAUUAUCUCUUCUUUAUUAUUAUUAUUUGUCCCUUGGGUUCCUAAUGGAACAUAG